CCUAAACUCAAAACAGUCGACUCAGCUCGCAGCGAAGCAAUCAAACGUAGAAAUUAGAAUAGCGCUGCAAAUGAGCACAGCAUUAUCUCUUCUCUUCUCUUCUCUUCUGUUGUUCUGCAACAAUAAUUAGUAACGAAUAAACUAAAAUUGAAAAUGAGAGGUGGAUCUAGGGCUCCAAUUUAGGGUUUUCUUCCUCAUUCUCCCUCCAUCGUUUCGGCUUCCGCUUUCUAUUUUUUUCCUCACGCUUAUGAAGGGACAAUCGACUAAAACUUAUUCGCAAAUUAGGGGUUUUGUCUGCGCGGCAAAGGAAAUUGAGCGAUUGCAGUUAUAAGAUAUAUCUAUGAUCUAACCAUACGAAACGGCUUAUUUGAUUUGUUAAUAUGGGAGGAUCGCAGAAAUCAAAGAGGGUUUCAUGGGCUACUGAAGUUAAUCUAUGUCAGGUAAGGCUGUUUUUGUCAGAAGAAUGUCCUUCACAGGUUGGAAUGGGAACCCAAGAUCAUCUCCUCCAGGCAAAGGCAUUGUCGUUACGGGCAGGUGGCAUGGCUUAUGAAGAUAACUUGCCUCCAGGAUUUGAGUUAAGCCAACCUGCAAAUCCUUGGGCAGCGAAGCUAUCUCAUAUAUCUCUAGUGAAAUGGAAGUGUCCUCCUAGGAUUGAAGUAGAUAGCUCUUGGCGAGUCGUUGCUGGGGAAGAAAGCAGAGAAACAGAAACCCAGGAUCAACGAGAAAUGAGAGUGCUAGAAGCAAUAUAUCCACGCCCGUCAGCCAUUCCUUUAAACCCUUCUGCAUUAGUUGGUGCAGAAGACUCGACUAACAAUGAUCAAUGCACUCCAGUGGUUCCUAUCACAUCAAUCGAAGAUGAAGAUGCUUCAGUGGAUACAUUUUAUGCCUCCAUGGGACCAAACAUAACUCCAAUGAUUUCCCAGCAACAGUACUCACCUCAUGGGGAACUUUUAUCUCAGGUCAACACUACUUUAACACCUUCUGUCGGUUCAGCAACAGGCAUGGAACCUGAUAUUAUAGCAGCUGCACAAGCUGCCUUGUCAUCUGUCAUGCCGAAUAGUGAUCAGAGGAACCUGAUAGAUCGUGAGCUGCUCAUGAAAAUUCUCAAUGACCCAAAAAUGAUCGAGCAACUGAUUGCAAACCAUGCUGCAUCUGCUAGUGGGCAAAAUGUAGCAUCAUCUAGCAUGGCAUCUUCAUCCACUUUCCAUGGCAUGCCGGCUAUUGGAACCAAAAAUGUUGCAUCGUAUAGUUUGCCUGGAAUACCGUCAACUAGUGCACAGUAUGUCCCCAAUUUGGCCUCGACUCCUAAGAGUUCUUAUGAUUCAGACAUUAUGGCUGUCCAUCGAAGAGAGCCACUCCCUGGUCGUUUUACAAGACCUGAAAUGGUUGUUCCAUCACCUAUUUUUGCAGCAUCUGGACCUUAUCAUUCACCAAGUAGGACAGGUUCCAUCCCCCAUGUACGACCAUCGGUACCUGAUGUCAUAUCCGUGCCCUCUCCAUCAAUAGCAGCUCCUGUAGCAAAGGAUAUAAACUAUUAUAAGAGCCUCAUUCAGCAACAUGGGGGAGAGAGAAGAGAGACUAUGCCGCCCCAGUUUGCUCAUCAAAGUAACCAAGCCCCGGCUAUGGGUCAAGAACCUCUGAAUACCGCGAUGAUGAGACCAAGGCACACGAAGCCAAGGAUAAUGAAGCCUUGCAUCUAUUUCAAUAGUUCGAGGGGUUGCAGGAAUGGCCCGAACUGCACCUUUCAGCACGAUGUAUCACCGCAGCAGAAAGUCAAUAGUAUUCCGGAUGUUCAAGGUACUAAGCGAAUGAAAAUGGAUAGAGAAAUUACCGGUGCAUAAUUUUGCUAUCGAUGCGUUUCUUUUGUGUAAAUCUUUGUUACCGUGAUGAUUCGUUUCCCACCUCUCUAUGUUCUUUUCCCUGAGGGCCAAUUAAUAUUUCUUAUUCCAUGCUAUAUUGCUAUUAUAUUUUGUCCUCAAUUUUGAAGUUCUGGAUAAAGAAUCUGCAUUUCUUUUCUU